GCUUUAUUGGCGUCACAUGCUCUCUCUCUCUCUCUCUGUCCAUUUUCCAAAAGCUUAGCGAGAGAGUUAAAGCGGAGGGGAAAAUCUAGAAGAUUAACCCACACUCUGUGGCCGCGUGGCGACGGCGUACGCCGCCGGCGAGAUCCUGGGGCGGCGGGGAUGGCGCCGGGGAGGCGGGGGUGGCGCUGGUGCUGGUAGUGACGGGCAGAGGCUGGGUGUGUGUGGAGGGGUAGGUGGGUGAGAGAACAUGAAGGCCCUGCGGCGAUCCAGCACCUCGACCUCUCCGUCGUCCUCGUCGUCCCCGACGGCAGCAUCCUCCCCGCCGUCGUCCUCGUCGUCGUGGAUCCACCUCCGGUCGCUCCUCGUCGCGGCCGCGUCGUCGAACUCCUCUUCGGCGGCGGGCGCGGGGAGCUCGGUGGCCGCCCUGGCGUCUGCUUCGACCGCGGCCGCCUCGUCUUCGUCCUCCCCCGCAUCGUCCUCGCCGCUCUCGGAUCGAGGUAGCAUUAAAUCUCCAUGGUCCCGAAGGAAAAGAAAACGAGUACUUUCUCGUCAACAGUGGGAUGGUCUGUUUUCAGUGAAUGGAAAACUUCGUGAUGGAGGAAAGAAGGUUCUAAAGAAAGUUCGUAGUGGGGGUAUCGAACCAGGCAUUCGGGCUGAAGUUUGGCCCUUCCUGCUAGGAGUAUAUGAUUUAAAUAGCUCUGAAGAGGAAAGGAAUGCAAUCAAGAUCAAGAAAAGGAAAGAGUAUGAAAAACUGAGGCGACAAUGCCAGCAAAUCUUGAAUGGGCACAGAGGAAGUGGACUGAAGUCAAUAAACGAAGCCAGUAACAAUGAGGAGUGUUCUGGCCUAGGAUCUAGCGCUGAAGAAUCUGAAUCACCUUGUUUCGAAGAUGUCAAUGUUGAGAAGGCUUCUGGGUCACUCGAGGAAAUGAAAUCUGAACAUGGUGAAGCCGAGCAACCAGAAAACGCUACAUGUGAUGAUGUUGUAGUAUCUAUAGAAGAAGACACAAGUGAGUUAAUUUAUGCGUAUCCAUGCACAGCAGAGUCAGAAUCUUCUGAUUCUGAAUCAUCGGAUGAAGAUGACUCUGGAAGGAUAUCUGUCUGUGCCGAGGAGAAUUGUGAUCCUGAUCCUAAAUUUGCACGGAGCACUUCAUUCAAGGCAGAUCUUUUUAGGUCUAGUAGAACGUCAGAGGACUUUACCACAUGGCAACGCAUUAUAAGGCUGGAUGCUAUCCGGGCAAACGCAGAAUGGAUUUCGUUCUCUCGUAACCAGGCUGAAGUCUCUAAAGAGAAAGCGUUACAGUCUGCAGCAUCUGUUGGGUUGAAAGAUUAUGACCAUUUAGAGCCCCGUAUGAUUUAUCAUGCUGCUCGAUUGGUUGGACUUCUUGAGGCAUAUGCAUUCUACGACCCUGAAAUUGGUUACUGCCAAGGUAUGAGUGAUCUCUUAUCACCAAUAAUUGCAGUGAUGGAUGAAGAUGAUGAAGCAUUUUGGUGCUUUGUGGGUUUCAUGAAGAAAGCCAGGCACAACUUCAGGCUUGAUGAGGUUGGAAUAAGGAGGCAGCUGAAGAUUGUGUCACAGAUUAUCAAGCGCAAGGACUCACACCUGUAUAGGCACCUUCAGAAGCUGCAGGCUGAGGACUGCUUCUUUGUGUACAGAAUGGUGGUGGUUCUCUUCAGGAGGGAGCUCACUUUCGAGCAGACUGUGUGCCUUUGGGAGGUUAUGUGGGCUGAUCAGGCGGCUAUACGAGCCGGGAUCGGGAGGUCCACAUGGGGAAGAAUAAGGCUGCGUGCUCCACCAACCGACGACUUGCUUCUUUAUGCCAUUGCAGCUUGUGUCCUGCAGAGGAGGAAACUAAUAAUCGAAAAGUACAGUAGCAUGGAUGAAAUAUUGCGAGAGUGCAACAGCAUGGCUGGGCAGCUAGAUGUCUGGAGGCUACUGGACGAUGCACAUGACCUGGUAGUUAACCUCCAUGACAAAAUAUGAUCUCGUGCAAGUGCUCUCUUGUUCUCGUGGUAGAGCCGUCUUGACAAUGUUUUGAGGCAUCUUCCUCUGUUAUCUGCUGUUCGUUCCCGGCGCAUGAACUCGCUUGUAGCUAUAGAGAAUGUUGUAAUCUAGAGCAAGGACUGAGUGUCCUCGCAUAUGAAGAAAGAGAGGCUGAAAUACUGCUUUGGUGCCCUGAGGCACUGAAAUACUGCUAUUCAUUGUUUAACCUGUUAUAGGCAACAACAGAGAGACAGAAUUUUCAAGGAUGUCAGUUCAUCUCGAAGCAUCUAUGAUGCUGAAGGUAUGGAGUAAUAACCAGUUGAGAGUAUGUUGAAAGUGUAUCCA